AUGGGUUGCGGCGCUUCCAAGGUCGACAAGGAGGGGCAGGCGCGUAACGACGCCAUCGAGGCGCAGCUCAAAAAGGACCGCCUCGCCCAAAAGAACGAGAUCAAGAUGCUCCUCCUCGGCGCAGGAGAGUCGGGCAAGUCCACCAUCCUCAAGCAGAUGAAGCUCAUCAACCACGGUUCCUACUCGCAAGACGAGCGCCUAUCCUACAAGGAGAUCAUCUUCUCCAACACCGUGCAGUCAAUGCGCGUCAUGCUCGACGCCAUGGAGCGACUCGACAUCCCGCUCGCAGACGCCUCCAACGCUCCGCGCGCAGAGGUCAUUCUCGGCCUCUCGCCCAGCAUCGAGUCCGACGUGCUCCCCGCCGACGUCGCCGACGCCAUCCACGGCCUCUGGCAGGACGCCGGCGUCCAGGCCUGCUUCAGCCGCAGCCGCGAAUACCAGCUCAACGACUCGGCAAAGUACUACUUUGACUCGAUCCACCGCAUGGCACAGCCCCAAUACCUCCCCACCGACCAGGACGUGCUACGCUCGCGCGUCAAGACCACCGGCAUCACCGAGACCCACUUCCAGAUCGGCGAGCUCAACUACAAGCUCUUCGACGUCGGAGGCCAGCGCUCCGAGCGCAAAAAGUGGAUCCACUGCUUUGAAAACGUCACCGCCAUCAUCUUCCUCGUGGCCAUCUCCGAGUACGACCAGCUGCUCUACGAAGACGAAAACGUCAACCGCAUGCAGGAGGCGCUCACGCUCUUCGACUCCAUCUGCAACUCGCGCUGGUUUGUCAAGACGUCCAUCAUCCUCUUCCUCAACAAGAUCGACCUCUUCAAGCAGAAGCUCCCCAUCUCGCCCAUGGCCGACUACUUCAGCGACUACACCGGUGGUGCCGACUACAAUGCAGCGUGCGAGUACAUUGUCAACCGAUUCGUCAGCCUCAACCAGAGCGACGCAAAGACCAUCUACACCCACUUCACCUGCGCCACCGACACCUCCCAGAUCAAGUUUGUCAUGUCGGCGGUCAACGACAUUAUCAUCCAGGUCAACCUGCGCGACUGCGGUCUUCUCUGA